CCAUCCCUACCAUAGUAACCAUGUUGGUCUACCCAGUCCUAGUGGUAGCCCUGGGUGCCCUAUGGCCACUGGACUGGACACCUACUAGACUGGAUUCACUGAGCCAAGUGACUGGCCACUACCACGGUGCUGCAUGGGCCAUGGCAGAGAAGGUGACUCAAGGAGAUGAUACCGAGGAAGUAGUGGUAGUGGAAGGUACUACUAGUGAUGAAGUGGCAAAGAACCAGGAGAGUCCAAAGGGGUGGAAACAGAAACUAAAAGAAUGGGCUAUAGAAUACGCUAUACUGAACAAGGAUGGUAAUUUUGAAUGGAAUGCGUAUGUAAUAAUAUUCUUGCUGCUGUUCAUAAUGGCAACGACGUUAGGGUUGCCAGCGGUGGUCGUCGUAAUAAUACUAUAUUUCAUUGGAUGCCUGUUCGAGAAGUUAUUUAACCCUAAAUCUUGGUCAGGGUGGUGUGGAGGUGCUACAAAGAAUAUGAACGGGACAAAGCUGGAUUAAUGAACAGCAUUUAGGGUGUAUUGUUAAA